GAUGAAUGUCGGAGUUCCCAGUGUGACCAGCAGUGUAUCAACACUGAGGGCGGUAUGCGAUGCGAAUGUGGACCAGGCUUUACACUGUCACCAGAUGGCCAAGGAUGUAAAGAUAUUGAUGAGUGCGCCCGCAGGGACUGGAAGCCUUGCCACCACACCUGCGUCAACUCCAGAGGGAGCUUCAGAUGCUCCUGCCAGCCGGGCUACUACCUGCACCAAAAUGGAAGAUCCUGCCUAGAUGUGAAUGAGUGCAACCAGGGUGGGGGCCAGGUGUGUCACCAUAUCUGUCAAAACACCCAGGGGAGUUACCGCUGCUCCUGCCGUCCCGGGUUCGAACUCCAACCGGAUGGAACAACCUGCAGAGAUAUUGAUGAGUGCACUCAGGAAUCCAACGGUUGCUCAGGUAGCUGUAUCAACACCAUUGGAUCAUACCAGUGUAGCUGCACACAGGGUUAUACCAGCAGAGGAGGCAGAUGUGUGGAUGUGGAUGAGUGUCAAAUGAGCAACGGUAGAUGCGAACAGCUCUGCGUCAACACUCAAGGCAGUUUCCUGUGCUCCUGUCGUCAGGGUUACACGCUCAACAGCGAUGCACGGACGUGCACAGAUGUGGAUGAGUGUGAGCAGUACGCCGGCCGGGUCUGUGAGCACGGCUGUGAGAACGUGGACGGCACGUACCAGUGUAGAUGCCCACCAGGAUUCAGGCUGCAUGCCAACAGGCAGAACUGCGUGGAUAUCAAUGAGUGUAUGGAGCAGCAUGGGCUGUGCCACUACCGCUGCGUUAACACCAGAGGUUCCUACAACUGCAUCUGUCCUCCAGCCUUCCAGCUGGCUGCCGAUGGAAGAAUGUGUGACGACAUGGAUGAGUGUGCAGUCAGUAAUCACGGUUGCCAGGGUGGAUGCGCAAACACCAUGGGCAGCUAUCACUGCACAUGUGCAGAAGGCCAGCUGGGAUCAGGCGAUCUGUACUGCGGCAAACAGCCUAGCGGAUGCAACAGUGAUACGUGUUCCCACAAAUGUGUCGACACAGGAACCGGCCACAACUGUAUGUGCUCCAGAGGAUACCAGUUACACAGUGGUGGUCGCCAUUGUGAAGAUAAAAACGAGUGUAUGGAGGUUGGCCGUGGUGGCUGCCAGCAUCAAUGUGUUAAUUCCAUGGGCAGCUACUACUGCUCCUGCUACGCAGGCUACCGACUCCACUAUGACCGCAAACGCUGUGUGGCCAACACAGGCUGCAAUACAUGCAUGACUUGCCCUGCUGGAUUCCACAUGAAUACACAGACAGGACGGUGUGAAGAUAUUGACGAGUGUUCAUCACCCGCCAACAACUGUGGAGCUACACGCUGUGCAUCAAAUAGAGCAGUGUGCUCGCACAACUGCAUCAAUACGGUAGGCAGCUACUCAUGCACAUGCAAUCCUGGAUAUCUCAUACAGCCCGACGGAUACACGUGCACAAAAGAUGGACCUGUGUGUUCCCCACCAUGUAACAAUGGCGGUACCUGUCAGUAUUCCAGACAGUGCAGCGGCAACACGUACAACUGCCGCUUCAGUGAGUGUGCCUGCCGAGCAGGAUUCACGGGACCACGCUGCGAAAACGUUUUACCCAGUUCCUGUCAGCCUGCAUGUCUCAACGGUGGCCAGUGCGUGGAUGGACAAUGUCAGUGCACUGCAGGAUUCACUGGGACAUCCUGUUCAUCAGAUAAGAAUGAAUGUUUGAACCACGAGUGCGAGCACCAUUGCCAAAACACAUUCGGUAGUUUCCAGUGUCUAUGCAGAGGUGGCUACACAAUCAACGCAGAUGGGGAAACAUGCAGUGAGAUUGGCUGUUUCCCGCCAUGUAUGAACGGAGCCUCCUGUGCCAACAAAGUCUGCGUCUGCCCUGACGGCUUCAGUGGACCAAACUGCCAGACAGACAUCAAUGAAUGCGCAGUCAGCAAUGGCGGCUGUGAGUACAUAUGCAGGAACACCUAUGGCAGCUAUGUGUGUUUCUGCCCCCGGGGUGCAACACUGAGUCCUGACAUUCACUCUUGUUCAGGAGUGACCUGUAACCCACCCUGUAAUAACAACGGCACCUGUGUCAACAGAAUGUGCCGGUGCCCAUCUGGUUUCACUGGUCCCACCUGUCUGCAAGAUAUCAAUGAGUGUGUUUCCAACAACCCCUGUGCCUACCAAUGCCUGAACACAUACGGCGGGUACGAGUGCGUUUGCCCUGAUGGAACACGCCUGGGUGUUGAUAAAAGAUCAUGUGAAGGUGUGUUUGAGUGUAGUCCAGUAUGUCAGAAUGGAGGCACGUGUCGCGCAGGCUCAUGCAUCUGUCCGGAGGGCUUCACCGGAGAAACAUGUGUCAUUGAUAUUGACGAAUGUGAGGAUGCGGCCCGCUGCGGAUUCCAGUGCAACAAUUACUAUGGCGGUUACGAAUGUCUGUGCCCGCCGGGAUUCAUGCUAGCAGAAGAUGGUAGAAAGUGUGUGGAUGAGAAUGAGUGUCCCAAAGUCUUCUGUGAGUAUCAGUGCGAGAACACACCAGGCAGCUACCGAUGCGUCUGCCCUGAGGGACAACGCCUUGCUCCUAACGGCAGAACAUGUCUGGACCUUCCCUGCAUUCCUGCCUGUCGUUUUGGCGUCUGCGAGGCCGGUGUGUGCCAGUGCUCCAUCGGUUACACCGGUGCUGACUGUAGUAUCCCAACGCGAUGCGAGCAACCCUGCGCCAAUGGUGGAACGUGCAGUCGCGGGGUGUGCCAGUGCGCGGAUGGGUUCAGCGGCGAGUUCUGCCAAACCAAAGUGUGUCGCCCAGCCUGCUUGAAUCUGGGCAUGUGUGUGGAGGGAAUCUGCGUCUGUCCUGAUACCCACACUGGAGACUUCUGCCAAUUCAAAGCCUGUAAGCGGGAAUGUCUUAAUGGCGGCAUAUGCAACUUUGACGGUAUUUGCAACUGUGAGGAGGGUUUUGUUGGAGAAUUCUGUGGAAUUAAAGUGUGUCAGCCAGCGUGUGUCCAUGGUGUAUGCAUCAAUGGCGUCUGUCAGUGCAAUGGCGGAUACACGGGAGAUGAUUGCAACGUGAAAGAGUGCCCCGUUGCCUGUCAGAAUGGAGGAACCUGCUGGAACGGAACCUGUGUGUGUCCGUCUGGAUUCACUGGGCUCUUCUGCGAAAGACUAGAUUGUGAACAGCCUUGUUUGAAUGGUGGUGUCUGCAACUUUGGAAGAUGCAACUGCCCGCCACAGUUCCAAGGAGCGUACUGUCAAAACGAAGUUUGCCGGCCACCCUGCCGAAACGGAGGUGUGUGUGACAAUGGUGUCUGUGUCUGCCCAGCAGGCUUCGAAGGAGUCCAGUGUCAGACCAGAGUGUGCAUUCAACCAUGUCAGAAUGGCGGAGUAUGUGUGAAUGGUAUAUGCCAAUGCUUGUAUGGAUUCAUCGGUCCCUACUGUGAAAUCAGCUUUGGCAGUUGUGAUGACCUUCAGUGUCAGAACGGUGGUCAUUGCCUUGGGGGUCGAUGUGAGUGCGCACCGGGCUUCAAUGGACCGACUUGCACUGUUAAGAUACCAACAAAUGGAUGCCUACCACAGUGCCUCUAUGGAGGGCUAUGCAUAGAUUCUGUCUGUAACUGCACUGCAGGAUACUAUGGAGAUUUCUGCCAAUACAACUAUGCCUCCCCGCUUAUCCGGCCGAUCCGCAUCUACCAAACUGGUGGCAACAACGUGGAGGGCACCACUGUGUACUAUGUCUGCGAGACCAACUCAACCCUUGUGGAGGGAACCCCGCUGUGGUACUACUCACGGAGGAUAGGCGGCCAGGUGGAAUUUGUGGAAAAUGCACAAGGCCGGUUUUCUCAGCAGGUUAUCAGCCCCAACACCACACUAUUCAUCGGCCGUGAUCUCCGAGUUUUUGACACCGACCAAUUCCGCUGUUCCGUCACCGGUGGGCCAACCAUCACACUAUCGCUCUUGGUUUACGCCUCUGAAUGUGCACCAGGUUGCAUCAACGGUGGGGUCUGUCAUGGCAACAUGUGCAUGUGCCCUGUUGGGUAUACGGGAGACUACUGUGAGACCAAACUAAGCUAUUGCCCAGUCAGGUGUCUGAACGGCGGUUACUGUGACAACGGCAACUGUGUGUGUCAGGACGGAUUCCAAGGAAGCUUCUGUCAGAUAGCAGUUGGUGAUGAGUUUGUCAUACGUCUCAGCAUCCCCUCCACCCAGCGUCCCACACUAGGCACCACCAUCUCAAUCAUCUGCGAGGUCUUUGAGUCACCCACUGCUGCCGAGGCCAUUAGGGGAACACCCCUGCUUGCACAAUGGGAGGUUCCGGAGCCAGUCAGCCCGCGGCUCUUGCCUGGUGUCCCAGUGGAUGGCAUCUUCAGUCCAGCUGUUGGCGAUGAUGUCCGGGUGAGACAGCUCUCGCCGUCAGCUUCCCUGCUCACCAUUACAAACUUCCAACCGGCUUAUUCCGGCACCUACAACUGCUCAACUGGCACACGCACCGUCACCUACUAUCUCAGUGUUGAGUGUCUACCACCUUGCAUGAACGGAGGCGCGUGUGUGAACGGCCAGUGUCAAUGUUACCCAGGUUUCACCGGUGAUCGCUGCGAAAUGUCACCCCCAGAAAUGAACAAUAAGGACUGUCGCUAUGCCUGUGCCAACAACGGCACCUGUGCUGAUGGGAUCUGCCUGUGUCUGAACGGCUUCAAAGGCGACAGGUGUGAAAUCGACUUCCGAGCGUUAACCAACGACCCCUGUGGCUGUUUGAAUGGAGGAACCUGUGAGCAAGGGGAAUGCCGCUGUCCGAUUGGCUUUUCAGGAGCUCAGUGCCAAACUGAAGAUGGAAUCUGCGAUCCGCCUUGCCAGAAUGGUGGAAGCUGCCUAGAUGGAAUCUGUCACUGUGACCUGGGAUAUGUUGGCUUCUACUGUGACAUUAGAGCUUGUUUCCCAUCCUGUGUUCACGGUGACUGUAGUGAGGGAGUGUGUCUGUGCGACACUGGCUACACUGGAGAACAGUGCAAUUUACUUGAAUGUACCGUGGAAUGCCUGAAUGGCGGUGUGUGCUACAAUGGAACCUGUUCCUGCUUACCAGGCUUCACAGGAGAACAGUGCCAAGACAUAGACUGUUUAUUUCCGUGUUUGAACGGGGCCUGUGUGGAAGGCUUGUGCCAGUGUGAUCUGGGAUUCGCCGGUGAUCAGUGCGAUGAACUGGCUUGCAUUCUGCCUUGCAUCAGUGGAGUAUGCAUAGAAGGGGAGUGCAUAUGCACACCAGGCUACGGGGGUGAACAGUGUGACAUACGCAGUUGCCAACCUGAAUGUGUGAAUGGUGGACAGUGCAAAGAGGGAGUUUGCGUUUGCCCGCAAGGCUAUGAUGGGCCAAGCUGUGAGACUCAAGUGCCUUACAUUGAGAUCAUUCCCGAGCAGUCCUUCGUGCGCUACGGCAUGCAGUUGUCAUGGCGUUGCAUCUACCAUCUGGGUUCGCUGUCUCCGUUCUGGAGGGAUCCUGGCCAGCGGUUUGUUCAACUUUCCCAAAAUGCAAAUCGCGGGGAUCUUGGCCAGAGUAACGUCUUUGCUGAGCGCAUCUCCCGCCUGGAGACCAGAAUGGUCAUCAUUGACUUCCAAGCUAAUGAUGCAGGCACCUACUCCUGUGGGACAUACGAUGAGCAGGAGACAAUACUGAUUGUGGUGACCAGCACAACACCAGCUACCCCUACCACUCCCAGUGUCACCAUCACCAUCCCACCCACCCAGCCCAGUAACUGUGUCCCCUUCAACAGUUCCUUCUGUCAAGGCCUGCCCUACCAGCAAGCGAUCUUCCCUACGGCCUUCGCCCAGAACUCGGAAGCAGCCGACCUGUUGGCGUCGGCCAUGUUCUCACGCCUCACCGACUGUGGGGAUUCGCCAAAGGUGGUACUGUGCUACCUCUUCUUCCAACCCUGCGACAGCGGCACAGACCCCCUAGACAGACUCUGCCAAGAAACCUGCCUCGAUGUCCAACACAACUGCCUGGCCUACAUGCAGGAGGUUCUGCGGUUCUUCCAGGCUGGGCUGGCGCAGCAGUUCCUCGGAGUCUGCGGGACGCUGCCGUCUGAAGAGACUCACCCUAGCUGCAUCAAGAACUUGAAGAAACAGCCACCAACAAUAUCAAAAUGCGAAGGCAUGUGUGAGAAUGGAGGAACCUGCAUCAAUGAUAAGUGCAUCUGCAAGCCGGACUUCACUGGAGACAUGUGUGAAUACCCAGUUGACACCUUGUUCGAGUACGAUGUGGUCAUCACGCCCAUUCCCCCUGGCUACCCAGAAGUUGACACCAACUUGACCGUCGUCUGUGAGAUCAUCAAUAAUAACGUCUUGGUCUUCCCGGUAUGGUUCGGUCCCGACAACCAAAACAUCCCAUCUAAACAACCAGGUGACAACCAGCGUGUAUACAUGGACCUGCAUUCCCCGACAGCCUCCAAACUCAUCAUAGUGGGUGUCCAGCCUUCGGACCAGGGCACGUAUCGGUGCAUUGUGGGCCAGCAAUCUGUACCACACACUGUGAUUCUGAAAUUUCCAGACUGCUACAGCCUGCCUUGCUUGAAUGGUGGGGUCUGUGUGCAAGGAAAAUGCCAGUGCCCUGCAGGCUUCACUGGACUCAACUGCGAAAAUAGUGACGUGAGGUACAUCAUCAGCAUCACCCCACAGACCAUCGACUUCCCCGUGACCGGCUCCAACUUGACCUUCCUGUGUGAGGUCAGCGGUCUGUAUCCUAGCAAGCCAGUCUGGUUGAGUCCAUACGCUAGAAACAUUGGCGCUUCUACUGAAGGUGGUAAUAACCGUGUCUUUGUUGAGGAGAUGUCACCCACGGAAACUGCGCUAAAUAUCAUCAACAUCCAACCUCAGGACUCGGGAGUGUAUGUCUGCGUAGUGGAGAAGCAGUACAGCUACAUCAACAUCACUGUACGAUUUCCUGAACUUGAGUGUCGGCUUCCAUGUCUCAAUGGUGGAUACUGUGUCUUUGGGGAGUGCCAGUGCCCACCAGACUAUGAAGGCCCCCGCUGCCAAUCACUUGUGCCACCAUCAUUCAGUCUGAUCAUCACGCCAGCCCCGAACCAGACUCCAGUCUUGGGAGGCAUGCUGGCCUUCCUAUGUGAGAUGACACGAGCCAGUAACACCAGCUUCCCCUUCUGGAUCACGCCGGACGGACAGAUUGUUUCUUCAGAAAACGCAGAGAAUGCAGAUGGGGUGCACGUUGUGUUUCUCGGAACAACAGCCAUCCGGUUGGUCAUCAACAAUCUGAAGGAGCGCGACGAAGGAAUCUACACAUGCAUAGCUGGACCUGUCGAGGCUCACAUCAACAUCACUGUGUUUGAGCCACAGUGUGAGCGACCUUGUUUGUUUGGCAGUGCUUGUGUCAAUGGCACCUGUCUCUGCCCGUAUGGAUUGGAGGGAGAAUACUGCCAGAUCCAAGUGCCAGGGACAGAGUGCAACCUACCCUGUGCCAACAACGGCCUCUGUGUCAACAACCAAUGCUUCUGCCAAGAUGGCUACCUGGGUGAACUCUGCCAGAUAUUUGUCGGGGGCACGUUUAACAUCACUGUGGUGACUAUCGAUGACUUGGUGCCAAUCUCCAAUGGCGAUGUGCAAAUUGUGUGCGCGGUGGAGGGAGAUGGGGUCUUCCCCCCACCGAUGUGGAUCAAUCCAAGGGGCUUCACCAUUGCAUCCAUCGGGGAAGGUGGUUCCCAACACGUCAAUGUAGAGACGCCACUCCCUGGAACAACAUUGCUGAACAUUAAUGACAUCACCACAGAUGAUGAAGGAACAUACACCUGUGUUGUGGGAUCACACAUCAACACAUACAUCUUCAGGAUCACAGUUUCUGAUGAGUGCGAUUUCCCAUGUGCCAAUGGGGGCCAAUGCGUUGAAGGUCUCUGCCUCUGCCCAGUUGGUUACCUGGGCAGAUUCUGUGAGGUCUACAUACCAGAACCAGAGUGCAAUUUGCCUUGCCAAAAUGGAGGCCAGUGUCGCAAUGGAAUAUGUCGGUGUCCUAUCGGCUACACAGAACCUUCCUGCAAUGUGAAAGUUGGUAACGGCUACUUCCUGUACAUUGUCUCCAACCUCCAACGUCCACCACUGACCGGUGAGGAGCUGAGAGUGACCUGUGCAUUCAUCGGUGGCCAGCGGACCUCCCGACCCUGGUGGUCCGGCCCCAGCGACUUCCGCAUCCCAACGAACGAAGGCGGUCUUCAGCGUGUAUUCAUACAGAACUUGAACGCCACCGCAACACAGCUCAUCUUCAAAGGCGUACGGCCUGCGGACUUGGGCACAUACACCUGCAAUGUUGGAGUCGUCACCAACACAUUCACUGUGACAGUCGUCGAGCCCGAGUGCAACCCAGUGUGUCAGAAUGGAGGGGCCUGCAGUCCAGAUGGGUGUCAGUGUACUGAAGACUACACUGGAGUCUUCUGUCAAACACCAGUGUUGUUCAAGUGUAAUGGACCGUGCUUAAACAACGGCGUAUGUGUGACUGGAGUCUGCCUGUGUGUGGACGGUUUCACUGGAGCCAACUGUGAAACACCAAUUGUGGUUGGGUGCGAGCAACCCUGCGCUAACGGCGGCCUGUGCGUGGACACCAAAUGUCUGUGUCAGCCAGGAUUUACUGGAGAAUUCUGCCAAGAAACAGUUCUAGCCUCAGAUUGCAUCCCUGUCUGUGAAAAUGGAGGUAACUGCUCCGAUGGGAUCUGUGUGUGUGCGGACAAGUACACUGGGGAAACCUGCAACACCAGGGUUGAUGAGGAUUUCAUUAUAACAGUCAUCCCGGUCACCCCUAAACCGCCCUCUAUUGGUGACAACAUUCGUGUCAGUUGUGAAUUCAUUGGAGACUCCAACACUCCCCGGCCGUAUUGGACUAAACCAGAUGGACAGCAGAUAGAGUACAUCUUGCCAGAGCUCAUUGGAACUAGACACGUGGGCAGUAUUGCUAACUCAAGCAGCUCCACCAGCCUCUUCAUCAACGACGUCCGUACCACAGACGAAGGCACUUACACAUGCUUUGUGGGACCAUUCACCAACACAUACACCAUCUUGUUUUACGAUUUCAACUGUGACCCACUCUGCCGCAAUGGAGGAUUCUGCACCCUGGGGACGUGCCAGUGCCCAGAAGGAUACAGAGGUGUAGCCUGUGAAAUUCAACUUGAUAGGAACGAGUGCCGUCCACGUUGCGAGAACCAAGGUGUCUGUAGAAACAGGAUUUGUGAGUGUGGACCUCAGUUUGUCGGCCCCUACUGUGAAACGACAGUUGGUAAUGGGUUCUUCAUAACGAUCAACGAGAAGCCCUAUGAGCAGCUGAGGACGGGGCAAGAUGUCACUGUCACCUGUGAGUUUGUAGGAGCAGGUGAAAAUGCCGCUCAACCAGCUUGGAGAGACCCUAACGGAAUACUCAUCAGACCAUCCAGAGCCGCUGUAAGCGACGACCGUUUCCGUACAAGAGAAAUCUCACCGUUAGUCACUGAGCUGACCAUCAGUAAUAUUCAGCCGACUGAUUCGGGCAUUUAUACCUGCCAUGUAGGAUCCAGUAUCAACACUUUGACAAUCGAUAUAGGAGACGGUUGUGCCCAGCCUUGUAUGAACGGAGGAACCUGCAGCGCUGGAGCUUGUAUCUGUCCUGAUGGUUUCAGUGGUGAACGAUGUGAUACACCAGUGGUUGAGUGUGUCAUCCCAUGUGAGAACAGUGGCCAGUGUGUGGAUGGGGUCUGUGUCUGCUCGGAAGGUUACAUUGGGAAUCUGUGUGAAGUAUCAGUUGGAGAUGGAUUCACCAUUCACAUCAUCAAGGAUACCUUGGGACCACACCAGACCGGCCAAGACGUGAGUGUGACUUGUGAAUACACCAGCGAUUCCAACCAGGUGUUUCAGCCGCAGUGGAUUGACCAGAACGGACGCAGUAUCAACCCCAACACACUAGGACGGUUAACGACAGAUAUUGUCUCACCGACGUCCACUCAACUGACCAUAUCCAACAUCCAGCAGAUUGAUUCAGGCAUAUACACAUGCGUCGUCGGAACGCGGGUCAACACCUAUACGCUCACCAUACACGAUGUUGAAGUGCAGUGCCCCUUGGAUUGCUUGAAUGGAGGGGUGUGCGUGCAAGGAACCUGCGAGUGCCUGGAACAGUACGGUGGUGCUUACUGCGAAUUCGAAUUGACACAGUGCGAUUUCCCCUGCGCCAAUGGUGGUGUCUGCAUUGAAGGGGUGUGUUCCUGUGUUGGUGGCUACGAAGGCGAUUUCUGCCAGACAUACGUGAUACCAGAAACCGAUAUCAUCAUCACCAUCACACCACAGAAGGACAUCCUGCCAGCCAUUGGCCACAACUUCUACUUAGUAUGCGAGAUUGCCAACAGCAACGCCUACCCUCAACCAAUCUGGAUCACGCCCACUGGAGAGCGGGUACCCGUUGAAGCGGAAGGAGGACCCUCGCCAUCCCAUCACAUGGCGACUGAGUCCAUCUCUCCUACAGCCACCAAGUUGAUCCUGAAUGGCCUCAUGAGGGAAGACUCAGGCCUUUACACCUGCCUGAUUGGCCCAUACAGGGACUCCAUACCCCUCAUCAUAUACAAGCUUCCCUGUUCGCCAGUUUGCCAAAACGGUGGAACCUGUGACGACGGGGUGUGCCUGUGUCCAACUGGCUUCACUGGCAACCACUGCCAGGACAGAGAGCAGCAACGGCUGACCAUUCGUGUAACGCCCAACAUGCAAGAGCUUCCCAACGUAGGCGACCACUUGCGCGUCACCUGCGAGAUAAUAGGCACGGACCAGUUCGACCCACCACAGUGGCAGACACCGGAUGGCACUGUCAUCCCUGAAUUUGUCAUAGCUUCGGAUCAGCGUGUCGGCGUACAGUACCUGACUCAAACAGCCACCAAUCUAGUCAUCAACAGUAUCCGGUCCACAGACACCGGCCUGUACACCUGCAGCAUCGGGCCUUUACAAGGGUUCUUCAACGUAGGGGUGGAGCAGCCGCCAACCUGCGAGGUGGUCUGCGAGAACAUGGGCCUGUGCUUGGGCCGGGAGUGCGAGUGCCCCCAGGAGUUCGCUGGCCCUCGUUGUGAGAUCAGAAUUGGAGCAGACUACACCAUCACCAUCACUCCACCCAGCAACCCAAUCCUUGUGACUGGCGCCCAUGAAAUCACUUACCUGUGUGAGAUAGAAAGCCUGCGUCGCCUAGCCCGGCCAGAAUGGGCCGCGCCGUCCGGAACACUGAUUGCACCAAUAGAGCAGGUUGGCAGCAUCGGCCGACUUGGGGUUGAGUACAUCGACAGUCGCUCAACUCGCCUCAUCAUCCGAGACCUGAUGCUGGAAGAUAGUGGAAUGUACACCUGCUAUAUCGGGCCUCUCACCAACUCCGUCAUCAUCACUGUCCAAAUGCCCUCCUGCCAGUUACCAUGCCAGAACGGCGGUCAUUGCACUAAUGGUGUGUGCGAGUGUCCGCGAACCUUUACUGGUCCCCAGUGCCUGACACCAGUGGUCACCUGCUUGCAGCCUUGCGUCAAUGACGGAGUCUGCCUGAAUGGGGCCUGCCGGUGUCCCACGGGAUUCCUAGGUUCAAGAUGCGAGACACCAGGUUUCAGCAUGAAGCUCCACCCAGUUGGGGAGGUGAUUCCAGAGAUAGGGCGGACCAUCAGUUUCCUGUGUCAGAUCACGGGUGAGAUACCAGACAUCCGACCAAGAUGGCGUAGAGAGAACACAGAAAUACUGCCUCUGUCAGAAGGUGGUACAGCUCAUGUGUUCACCUCAUAUGUCAGUCCCUCAGCAACCCAACUUACCAUCCAGGGCAUAGAAUCAACAGAUGCGGGCUCCUAUAUCUGCGAUGUUGGCCCGGUCAUCGCUACCUUCAAAAUACAAGUCCAGGAGUUGCCGUGUCGAGAGGAAUGCCAGAAUGGGGGCACGUGCAUCAGUGGCGUGUGCCGGUGUCCAGAGGGCUACUCAGGCACUGCUUGCCAAGUUGAAGGUCCUCAGAACAUAAGGAUUCAGAUCAUUCCCAUCCGUCCCGGAGUACCCAGAAUCGGAGAGGACAUUGCUUUCACUUGUAUCAUCCUCGGCCCAACUCCGUUUUUGAACCCAACUUGGAAGGCUCCAGGAGGACAACCCAUAGCCCGAAGGAAUGCUCUUGGUGUAGAUGGCACAACUGCCCGUUUAUCAGAAGAAGCGUUGACUUCGACUGCCACCACUUUGUUCAUCAACAGCGUGUCUUACGAUGACGCCGGCAUCUACGUGUGCAUGGUGGGGCCGGUCAUGGCAAACUUCUCGCUGGAAAUUAGUGGCCCCGAGUGUCGACCAAGCUGCCAGAAUGGAGGCACCUGCAUGGACGGAAUAUGCGCCUGCUUUCCGGAAUUUACCGGCCACUACUGCCAAACACCAGCUCUGUGUCAAAGGUCAUGUAUGUAUGGAGCCCUGUGCAUUAACGGAGAGUGCAUGUGCCCUCCGGGGUACCAGGGAAAAUUCUGCCAAAUAGCAGUGCCUGAAAAACUGAUGGUCAACAUACGGCAGAUUGGCAACGACCUACCUCGCCCAGGAGGCAACUUGCAGUUUGAGUGCAUCAGCACUGGCAGUAGCAACCCAAGGAAUGCACCCAUUUGGAGGAACCCUGCUGGACAGAGGGUUGACCCACUAGCACAAGGUGGAUCUCAGCAUAUGUUUGUCCGCCAGACAUCACCUUCAACCACUGUUCUUGUCAUCAAUAACGUGGCGGUAACUGAUGCUGGCAAAUACGAGUGUGUAGUGGGCAACGUGGUUGCGUCUCUUGUCAUCCGAAUCAGUGGGCCUGUACCACCUGAUGGUGGUUGCUCCCCCUCCUGUCAGAAUGGAGGAACCUGUUUCGGAGGUCAGUGCCUGUGUCCUGUGGGUUACAUCGGAGCGUACUGCCAUAUAACAGUGCCAACGCCCAGCUUUGACAUCCAGAUCCUCCUAGACCCAGACCAGCCCCAGCAGCUAGUCAUAGGAGAUGACCUCCAGUUGACCUGUCAGAUUCCCGACGAUAGCCCCUACACCAACCCCCAGUGGUACACCCCGGAAAGUGAACGGGUCUUUGCAAUUGGUCAAGGUGGCUCAGACAAGUUGCAUGUUGAUCAACGGACCGUGCACCAGACUAUUCUCACCAUCAUGAACGUCCAGGCUAGUGAUAGCGGCACCUACAUAUGCUCCGUUGGCCCCCACAGGGCAUCAUUCUUUGUCGACAUCAGCACCUUUGAUAUUCGUGUCCAGCCCCCACCGACACAAAACCAACGGAUCGGCCACAACAUCACAUUUGUCUGUGAAGUGUCAGAGAGAGCCGGCUACAGGAACCCAUCGUGGCUUGGCCCCAGCGGCCAACAGAUAUACCCUGAUGGUCAAGGUUUUGCCAGUCGUGUCUAUGUCCGGGAGCUCUCCUAUCUCGCUUCCGAGCUCGUUAUCCAGGACCUGCGUCUCAGCGACGAAGGCAUCUAUACCUGUGCCGUGGGCCCCCUCAGCACCACCCAAGAAGUCUUCAUCGAAGUGGGUUGUAGCCAGCCUUGCUUCAAUGGUGGAAGAUGUGUAAACAGUGCCUGCGAAUGUCCUAAUAGUUAUCAAGGAGCACAGUGUGAAAUACCAAUUGGCUUUGACAUGCGAAUCGUGAUCCCGGAAAACCUUACACCAAUGGUGGGUGAUGAUCUGAGCUUCACUUGUGAGGUGGGGUACCAAAGCCGCUUCCGCAAUCCGCUGUGGACUGGCACUAGAGGCCAGCCAGUCCUUCCUGUUGGACAAGGAGGAACAGAUCAUCUCAGAGUGAUCAUCAUCAAUGAGUAUAGCACCCGACUGGUCAUCUCAGGACUUGGCACCUCAGACUCUGGCACCUAUGUCUGCACAGCUGGACCCCUCUACAGGGACUUAACAAUCCAAAUCCAAGGUCGUCCAUGUGACCCUCCAUGUUCCAACGGUGGCACCUGCCUAGAUGGUGUGUGCCAGUGCCCAGAGAGCUACGUAGGAACUUACUGUGAAACCUUUGUUCCACCAUUCAACAUCCGGAUUCUACCCCUUGAGAACCAAUCACCAGUUAUCGGCGACAACCUUACCAUAGACUGCAUGGUGCAUCCCUUGGGGCUGUACAGAAAUCCAAUAUGGCACGGACCGGACGGCAGACAAAUCAACACAAUGGCACAAGGUGGUACUAUGCGACUGCACACUGAACAGACCAGCCCCUUCAGCACCAGACUAGUGAUAGAAAUGCUGAGUGAAGUAGACAGAGGCAACUACGAAUGCCAAGCUGGGCCCUUCUCUGCCCCAGUGGUGAUUGACAUUCCAGUUCAAGAUUGCAUUCCAUCAUGCAUUAACGGUGGUCAGUGUGUGAACGGCAGGUGCAGCUGCCCCACUGGCUGGACUGGUAGCAGAUGUCAGACACCAGAUGUGACUUUCCCAAUUCGCAUCGUCCCACCGGAUGAGAAACCUCAGAUAGGAGGCGACUUCAGCGUGUUAUGUGAGGUUCCGCGCAGCAGCCAGUACACCAUGCCCAUAUGGCUGGAUGCUAACAGACAGAUGGUACCCAAGGACACGCAAGGUCACCUUUACGCAGUCGCUGAGUCUGAUCACCUGACUAGGCUGUAUUUCAAUGGUGUCCAGCGCUCAGACAGAGGAACUUACACAUGUGUCACUGGUCCCCUGUCUGCGGACUUCACCAUCAGCAUACCAGGUGGCGACGAUGGUUGCACCCCACCCUGCCUUAAUGGUGGAAGUUGCAUAAAUCAACAAUGUCAGUGCCCAGAGGAUUAUACCGGAGACCAAUGUCAGACCAAAGAGGACAUACUGGUGAUUAUUCCACAAACUGUCACCCCUCGCAUCGGCCAGGAUGUCAGCUUUCUCUGCGAGAUCCCGCCUGACAGACCAUUUAGGAAUCCUACAUGGCUCAGUCCAGAUAACAUCAUCAUUGAUUCCUACAUGCCUGGUCGCAAUGAGCACAUGUUUGUUGCUGUGGAGUCCCCCUUAGCAACUAGGCUCUACAUCCGGGGUCUGGCGCCAGGUGAUUCGGGAGAGUAUACCUGCAGCGCCGGCCCACACUCUUCAAAGUUCAACAUUGUUGUCACCGUUCCAGAAUGUGAGAAGGAUUGCUUGAAUGGUGCUCAGUGCGUCCUCGGUCAGUGCCAAUGCUUAGAUGGUUACAGAGGUGAACAAUGCGAGAUCAAUAUUCCUGACUACAGAAUUCGCAUCCUCGGACCGGACGUCCUCUAUCCCGUCGUGGGUCAGAACUUAGAGUUUCUGUGCGAGGUUCCCCCGACCAGCGAGUUCCAAAUGCCAAUUUGGCUUGACGAGAAUGGACAAAUGGUACCCAAGGGAACAGAAGGUCAUCUGUACACAGUGGCUGAAAAUGACUACUCCACGAGGCUCGUCUUCAACAGUCUACUCUUAGAAGACUCAGGCGGUUACCUCUGUGUGACUGGUACUCUGUCAUCAAGAAUGGAUCUGCAAGUCACUGGUCUGGACCGCUGGAUUGUCGUUUCUCCGGACAACGCUCCAACUGUACCAAGCAUUGGUGACAACCUGAAGAUCAUAUGCGAGGUUGCACAGGAUAGUCCCUACACCAACCCCAAAUGGCUAGGACCAGACAACGAGGAAGUUCCACCAGUAGGAGCAAUUGGCGUCGGUCGUAUCGGAGUUCAGGACGUCACCGCUACAUCGUCCACGCUGAGCAUCAACAACUUGCAGGCAGUGGAUGCCGGUACCUACUCCUGUGUAACUGGUCCCCUGCGGUACAUCUACAGAGUGUCACCAACGUUGGAUUGUGGUGAGAGCCCAUGCCUGAAUGACGCCAGCUGCACUGAUGGAAAAUGUGUCUGCCAAUUCGGUUUCACCGGCUUCCUCUGCGAAUCAUUAGUGUUGGAGUGCCUUCAGGAUUGUCUGAAUGGUGGCAGUUGCAUGGGAGGCAUCUGUCUGUGCGACAAUGGAUAUAUGGGAGACUUCUGCCAAACACCAGAUCCCAAUGCUUUCAUCAUCCGAGUCACGCAGACCAAUCCCGAGGUUCCCAUUGAGGGCAGCAUUCUUGUCUUGGUGUGUGAGGUUGGGCCUAACAGUCCCUUCCAGAGACCUGUUUGGCAGGAUCCUGAGGGUAGAGAUAUCGGCCCUCGCACUGCUGGCACAAGUCGUGUGUACACCACAAACCCUGAUCUCAAGUCCAGCCACCUCUACAUCACAGGCCUUUCACUGGUGGACGCUGGCACCUACACCUGUGCCGCUGGACCACUGAAGUACACUUACAACGUCAUCGUACAUGGUUCCCACAUGAUCCAAGUACCCAACAUGGACUCUCAGGUCCUAAACAUUGGUGACAAUCUGCAACUCUUGUGCCAAGUCGAUGCAAGCAGCCGAUAUCGCAACCCUCAGUGGAUCAGACCAGAUGGAGUAGAGAUCCCCAUCGCUAGACAAAACACAGGAUCAGACCGAGUAUUUUCCGAGUCAGUCUCUGAACUGGCCACCCAGCUACACAUCAAUGGUAUCAGCACAGAGGACGCGGGAAGCUAUACCUGCCGAGUGGGACCGUUUGAAGCAGAUGUAGUAAUUACAGUCAAAGUUGUUGAGUGCAACCCACCAUGCAUCAAUGGCGGAACAUGUACACUCAGUGGCUGUCGCUGCCCACCUGGCUAUAUCGGGCAACUGUGUGAGGAGAUCGAUCCCAACUACCUUGUAGUAGAUGUGCCCAACAUCAUCCCAGUCUAUGGAGGUGACUUCUCCCUGCUCUGCGUCCUACCGGAAGGCAGUCCCUUCAGCAACCGGCGACCAAUCUGGCUGGAUCCACUGAACCGGCCCAUCCCUCCCAUCGAACAAGGAGGGAGCAUAGUACUAAGCACAGAUCAGGUGACGCCUCAGAGCACACGCCUCAUCUUCAGGAAUCUACAGAUGUCCUCAUCAGGGACCUACACGUGCAUGGCGGGCCCUAUCAGAUACAGAUACGACUUGGUGGUUGAACUGCCAUCCUGUUUCCCGGAGUGUAAGAAUGGAGGGACUUGCAACAACAGGGUAUGCAUUUGUCCUAUUGGACUCACAGGGGAAGCAUGUGAAGAAAUUGUUGAUGGCUUUGUCGUCGUGCAGAACCCAGACCCUAACCCGCCCAUGGUCGGCGACACCAUCAAGUUUGUCUGUGAGGUGCCAGAAUCUAGCACCUACGGCCAGCCCAUGUGGAUUAACCCCAACGGAAUCCAAAUCAGUCAACUGCAAGGUGAAAAUGACAACAUGGGGACUGAGAUCAUGUCUCCCUUCUCCACCAGCCUGCUCUUCAGAGAAAUCCAUCUGGAAGACGCAGGGACGUACGUCUGCAAAGUUGGACCAAUCAGGCAGGGCUUUAAUGUCACUGUCACAGAUAUACCUUGUGAGCCAGCCUGCCAGAACGGAGGAACAUGCUUCAGUGGCAUCUGCCAGUGUCCAGACAGAUACAUAGGGCCUAGAUGCAACAUACCAGUUGGUGUGUUCCUGACCAUCCGACGCCCACCUAAGCAGGUCUUUGACGUGGGUGAGGACGUCGAACUGACCUGCGAAGUGUCCAAGAACAGCCCCUUUGAAAACCCUCAAUGGCUGGAUCAGUUUGAUGCCAAAAUUGACGAAGGAAUCCUGAAUGAAGUGAUCGGCACUCGCAACAUGGACCAGUUCACCACACAGCUGAUCAUCCACAACAUCCAACUGAAUGACAGAGGGGACUACACGUGCAUGGUGGGACCCAUACGCCAAACAGUGACACUCUUGGUGCAAGGGGAAGAGAGUCGUUGUCCCAUGGCCUGCAUGAAUGGCGGCACCUGUGUGAACCAAGUGUGUCUGUGCCCCGAGGGAUGGUAUGGGACCGAGUGCCAAACACCAGUGGGCGGUUUCAUCCAAAUUGUCCAACCCCCUGGUCAGGUGAUUGGCAUUGGCAUGGAUAUCGCCUUCCUCUGCCAAGUCGUCGACGGCGACCAUUUUGUCAUCAAUCCUGAAUGGCAGUACCGCAGCACCAAAAUACCCGAAGCUAUCCCAGGUGAAACCAAUCGUGUGCUUGUUGAGAAAGUGUCUCCGCUAGUCACACAGCUUAUCAUCCGUGAUCUCACCAUGGAUGACUUGGGCGUCUAUUACUGCUUCGCCAGACCUCUCUCAGCAUCAUUUGAGUUGACUGUUUCAGUGUGUGAUCCCCCAUGUCUGAAUGGAGGAAACUGUGUUAAUGGCCGUUGUGUUUGUCUGCAAGGCAUGACUGGUCCCCUGUGUGAAAUACCAGUUGACGGCUUCAUCACGAUUGAAGUCCCUGAGGACCAAGUACCAGUCAUUGGUGGGCAGGUCGUGUACAUCUGUGAGGUGCCAGACACCAGCUCAUACGGGGCACCAGUGUGGAUCACGGCACAGGGUCGGGCCGUACCGUCAGCAGAACAAGACUCUAGUGUACGCGUCAGCUCCAACCAAGGCACAUCUUUCAGUACAGUGUUGAACAUCAACAACCUUCAAAUUGAAGACCUAGCCAGCUAUACCUGCAUAGUCGGCCCAGUGAGGCACCCACUGGUCAUUGAACUGCCUGCGGAUAUAUGCACACCCCCGUGCCUGAAUGGUGGAACCUGUGUCGAAGGUCAAUGUGAGUGUCCAGCAGGGCUGAAUGGAACCCAGUGUGAACUGAUAGAAACUGGCUAUAUCGUUGUUAGCCCACCCAGAGGCCAGGUUUCCUAUGUAGGUCUUAACAUCACCUUCAUAUGCCUGGUGCCUGACGGCAACAUCUACACAAACCCUGUGUGGCUGAUGCCAACCGGUGAAGAGGUGGCGUUAGAUGCUGGAGGUGGAUUCAGUCGGAUUUAUUCGGACAUUGUGUCUCCAGAAGCAACCAGUCUCAACUUUGUUGAAUUGCAGCUCGGCGAUUCCGGCACCUACGCCUGCAAAGUGGGGCCUGUGGUGUUCCCAUACAGCGUUGUUGCUGUCGUACCAGAAUGUGAACCGCCAUGCCGUUAUGGUGGAACCUGUACAAAUGGAAUCUGCCAGUGUCCGUUCGGUUUCAAGGGGCAAAUCUGUGAAUUCAUUGAUUUCACAAUAGAGAUUGAGCAACCUCCCGAGCAGACUCCCGAGAUUGGGGGCGAGGCAGAGUUCACUUGCAUCAUUGACAGCAGGAGUCCUUACACCAAUCCAGUUUGGUUUGAUCAAGAUGGACAGCAAAUUACUCCUGGUGGGGAAGACUCCUCUGAUGGUUCUCCGCGAAUCUUCAUUGAUCCUGUGGAUGAGUUCUCAACCCGCAUCGUUCUGCGCGACCUGGAGCUCAGUGACGGCGGCACCUACAUGUGCAGCGUAGGGCCCAUCCGGUCCACAUUCACAUUCAUUGUCAGACAGCCCAACUGUGGUUUUGGUUGCUUCCAUGGUGGAAGCUGUCUCGCUGGUGCCUGCCAGUGCCCUGAAGGCUUCACCGGCAACUACUGUGAGGUUCUGGUCCAAGAACCAUUUGUUAUCAAGAUCGACGGUUCCGAUGACCAACCCGAUGUUGGGGACAGCAUCAACUUUGUCUGCAGUGUGCCUGGAGGCAGUAACUAUGGCAACCCAAUCUGGUUGGAUACCACAGGUGAUGUCAUCGUCAAUCAAAACGAAGAUGGUGGCUCCCUCAGACAGUUUGCAGAGCCUUUGUCAUCGAGUGCCACUCGGCUUGUCUUCAACCAAAUACAGACUGCUGAUGCUGGAAACUACAGCUGCAUUGUGGGAUUGAACCGAGCCAUCCUGUACAUCAGCGUCCGAGCUUCUGACUGUCGGACCCCAUGUGCCAAUGGAGGGACAUGUGUGCAGGGAUCAUGUGUCUGCACAAGUGAAUAUGUCGGAGGAUUCUGCCAAAAUAUCAUCAGUGGCGAUUACCAGUUCCGCAUUCGCAUUCAGAAGGGCCAGAAUCCUGUGAUCGGGGACAACAUGCGCAUCCUGUGCGAGAUCCGGGGUUCCAGUACCUACAGGAACCCUCAGUGGAGCGACCCCAACGGCAACAUCAUUUACUCCAAGGAUCUAGGUGGAUCUGAUAGUCUGUACAGUCGGCAGUCAGUUACCAACAGCAAGUUGUAUAUCCAAGAGGUGACUGAAGCAGAAGCCGGGACAUACACCUGCCAAGUAGGCCCACUCACUACAGAGAUUACCAUCAUACCUAGAAGGGAGACUUGUGUUGGUCCGUGUUUGAAUGGAGGAGUCUGCCAGGAUGGGGCGUGUAGGUGUGCCAUAGGAUAUGCUGGAGAGUCCUGCGAUAUACCAGUUGAUCUGUCUGGUGAUGGUCUAACAAUCACAAUCACACCGAGCAUCGACAGAGAACCACGACAGGGAGAAAAUGUGACAUACAGAUGUGCCAUUCAGGAAAACCAGAUUUACAUGGACCCAGUAUGGAGAGAUGGAGCAGGCAACAUAGUCACUACUGCCCUACCAGGUCAGAAUGUGAACACGGAAGCAGUGAACUCCUUUGUCAGUGAGCUGACCAUUCUUGACAUGUCACUAGAGCAGGAGGGCAUCUACAGCUGUUCAGUUGGGCCAAUCACAAGCUUCUACACGGUCACAGUAGCAGCUCCUGGCUGUAUACCUGAUUGCAUCAAUGGUGGUGCUUGCAUUAAUGAGGAGUGUCUGUGCCCGGAUGGCUAUUCUGGCGACUUCUGUCAAAUAGAAACAUUCCGUCCCUUCAGUCUGAAUGUCACCAUUGGACCAAACUACAAUCCAGUUGUCGGAGGUGAAGUUUCCUUUCUCUGUGAGGCAGUCGGGACCCACGCCCUUGAGAACCCGACCUGGUUCAACCAGUACGGUGUGGCCAUUGGGGAACAGGAUGAAGUGUUCGGCCGUGUGUAUACCACCAAUGUAUCCAGUUUUGCUCAGAGAAUUACCAUCAACGACAUUAAUGAGAUAGAUGCUGGAAUCUACACAUGCGAAGCCGGCCCUAGAAGAACCAGCAUUGUGCUGUCUGUUUACGUUCCGGAGUGUCUCCAGGAAUGCCAGAAUGGAGGGACCUGUGUGGAAGGGGUGUGCGCAUGCCCUGACGGAAUUGUUGGACAGUUCUGUGAAUACUCUCUGGACUUGGAUUUCCGCAUCUAUCUCAGGCCAAGCACUCCCGAGAGUCCCAAAGUUGGUGGCAGCUACAGCGUGGAGUGUGACAUUGUGGGACCAGUGAGAAUCGGUACCCCGGAAUGGACCACGCCCGAGGGGCAGCCAAUCAGAGGACUCGGGCUGGGAGGCACAGGGCACAAAUAUGCUGAUUACGUGAACCCAAGAACGACCUCCGUCAUUAUCAACCGCAUCAUUGAGGCAGAUGUAGGACCAUACAAGUGCACAGUGGGACCAAUCAGCGCGGAGUUUAACAUCACACUAGCGCUCUCUUGCGACAAAGAUUGUGUGAAUGGUGGAGUUUGCAAGGAGGGCAUCUGUGACUGCCCAGAACCAUUCACUGGAGAUUAUUGCGAUGGAAUAGAAGAGGGAUGCAACGUACUGCGUGUCUGCUACAACGGUGGUACCUGCAACAAUAAAGAGUGUGUCUGCACUCCGGACUACCAAGGAGACUUCUGCCAAUACUCUAUUGAUGACGAGACAUCACUGCGGAUCGAGCUUGGCCGUGGGGACAUUCCGGACGCUGGUGAGAACAUCACAGUCAUGUGCAUCACCAGCGGCCCCGAUGCCCCCAUCAACCCUGAGUGGGUGAUGAGAACAGGGGAGGUCAUCUUGUCACUUGAAGAAGGUGGCAACUUGCAUCGUCAUGUCCGUCGGCUUUCACCAAACGAGGUCCAACUGGUCCUGAUUGACCUGGUCUUUGAGGACAUUGACACCUACUCCUGCCGCGCUGGACCCCUCAGGAAGUCAGUCUCCUUGGUUGUGAGAACCCCACCGUGUGUUCCUGAGUGUCUCAAUGGAUUCUGCCUGAACACUGAAUGCAUUUGCCUGGAUGGUUUCACUGGCCCAGCUUGCGAAAUCCAAAUUUCAGAGUGCGACCCACCGUGCCUGAACGGAGGCCAGUGUGAGAACAGAGUGUGCCUGUGCCAACGCGGAUUCUUUGGUGACUUCUGCGAGAACAUUCAAGAACUUCCAGUUAUGAUAACGAUCAAGCCAGAACAGGACCAGAUAACCUAUGUUGGUGAGAAUUCAGCAUUCCUGUGUUACACGGAAGGUAAUGGUGCCCCAUCAGAUCUAGUGUGGAGAGAUCCCAGUGGGCAGAUCAUACAGCCAGGAGUACCAGGUGGGGUUUCUCGAGUCUUUGUGGAGUUGAUCAAUGAGACAUCAAGCCGACUGGUCAUUAACUUCCUUUCUGAGGAAGAUGCAGGGCUUUAUUACUGCGCUGCUGGGCCUCUCAACAGCUCCAUUAUCAUAACUCUGUACGAGCAUCCCUGUCCACUGAUGUGCGCCAACGAGGGAACAUGCAUCCAGGGUCGAUGCCGAUGCCCACAGGAAUUCACUGGAAAAUACUGCGAGAUCAGAGUGAGUCGGACGGGUUCCAUUGCCAUUGUGCCCAACAUCAAGCACAACCCUAUGGUGGGUGAGAAUCUGGAGUUCCUGUGUCGCACAGCGGGGCGAAUCCCAUCCAGGAACCCGGUGUGGCGAUUCCCCGAUGGUAGAGUUGUACGGUCUGUCGAUAAAGGAACAACCAAUGAUCGAGUGUACGCCGAGCGUAACCCGCCUUACCAGAACACCCUAUUCAUUCAUAAUUUCACCGAGGCUGAUGUUGGGACGUACCAAUGUCGGGCUGGACCUCUCACUACGUCAUUCACCCUUGUACUAGCUGAGCGUAUCUGCGACCCACCUUGCUUCAACGGUGGCACCUGCGAGAAAUCCCAGUGCGUCUGCACAGCAGGGUUCACCGGAAACUACUGCCAGAUCAAAGAUUGUCAGCCACCUUGCCUAAAUGGCGGCGAGUGCGUGAACGACGUUUGUAAGUGCCCACCGGGCUGGACAGGGCAGGAUUGCGGACGGGAAGAAGAGGUGGUCCUACAGAUCUCCCAAACCACUGAAUUUGAUCCAACCAUUGGCAGCACCGUCAUGUAUGUGUGUUAUACUAAUGAGAGCAGCGUCACUGAACCGCCUGUGUGGGUCUAUCCUGACGGAAGAGAGAUACUUGUAGGAGAUCCAGGUGAUGGGACUCGUAUCUUUGCUAAUAACAUUUCCCCUGCUGCCAGCGAACUGAUAAUCACCAGCCUACAAGAGGAAGAUAUCGGAACCUACUCCUGCUCAGCUGGACCCCUGAUUGCUUCUGUCAUCAUCACAAUGAAUCCCACUGAUAACUCCUGCAAUGGCGAGUGUUUGAAUGGAGGAGUCUGUAACGAAGGGACCUGUUUCUGUCCACCAGCCUAUACUGGAGAAUUCUGCCAACUUAUUGAUCUGGAGUGUCGCUACCCAUGUGAAAAUGGAGGUUCCUGCAUCAGUGGCAUAUGUGUGUGCAUGGCGGAGUUUGAAGGGGUUUCAUGUGAAAUAAAGAAGCGUGGUUGUCCGGAAGAGUGUCAGAACGGUGGAAUCUGUCUGAAUGGACUGUGCCGCUGUCCGCCAGGGUAUACCGGAGAUUUCUGCGAAAGCCGACCCAUCCAGUGUGAGCCCCCUUGCAUGAAUGGUGGCGUCUGUGUCCGCGGACAGUGUUAUUGUGCUGAUGGCUUUGAAGGCAACUCGUGUGAAUUGAUAGUUGGUUCGUCACCUCAGAUUGUCAUCAAUCCUUUCUCGGGCCAAGUCUUGGCUCUCGGGGAAGACGUCAAUUUCCUAUGCCGGCUGCGCAGCAUGGAGCUGGAACCAGGAACCCUACCGGUCUGGGUUGGACCGGAUGGAGCCGCCAUUGGCAAAAUUGGUUUUGGGGGAGAUUUGCACAAGUACGUUGAGGUGCUGUCAGAGUCUGUGGUCAAUCUGAUCAUCAAUGACUUUACCAUGGAGGAUUCAGGGAACUACACCUGCAUUGCUGGACCUUUGUCAAGAAUGGUGUACCUCAUAUCACUACCUGAAGACUGCCAGGGCAUGUGUCUGAAUGGAGGCGUCUGUGAUAACGGAAUCUGUGACUGUCCUGAAGGAUUUGAAGGGGAGUACUGCGAAUUCACACUGGGUAUUGGGUUGUGCAACCCAGCUUGCGAGAAUGGAGCGACAUGUGAGCAAGGCGUAUGUCUCUGUGCCCUUGGGUUCACAGGGGAUACCUGCGGUACAGAAAUGAGCUGUAAUCCAGGCUGUGAGAACAACGCUAUCUGCCAGCGUGGUAUCUGCAUGUGCCCAGUGGGUUUCACUGGACCCUCCUGCACAGAAGACAUCAACGAGUGUGCUAUCAAUCCCCUCAUCUGUCCAUUCUAUGGCUGUAUUAACACCAUCGGCAGUUACAAGUGUGCCUGCCCACCAGGAUAUGAGUUUGGCCCUGAUGACUUGUGCCAAGAUAUCAAUGAGUGUGACUUGGACCAUUCCUGCAGCCAUCGAUGCAUUAACACUAUUGGCUCCUACCUGUGUGCAUGUCACGAAGGAUUCAUCGUCGAUUCGGACGGCAAGACCUGCAUUGGACCAGCAGGCUGCCUCUACCAGAACAUCCUAUACCCAGCCGGCACAAGUUGGACCAUAGAUGGCUGCUCACAGUGCACCUGUGAUAUGGGUGUCACUCAGUGCACAGAAUGCCCACCACAAGAUACUGAGGACUGCAUGUACAAGGGCAUCUUGUACCGUCACCUCACCAAUUGGACGUCACUUUUCAAUGCCUGUGAGCACUGCUCGUGCAAUAACAGUGACGUGCAGUGUGUGGAGGAGAUGUGUGAUGAGCUGUGUACAAACCCUGUGCCCAGGGCUGGCGUGUGCUGCCAUGAGUGUACAGAUUGUCUGAGCGAAGGCACUCUGAUCCGGAAUAAUCAGUACUUCACUCCAUCCAGCAACAAUUGUACAGUCUGCAGGUGUGAGAAUGGCAACGUAAAAUGUUCCAACUUGACAUGUCCAGAGAUCACAUGCAAUAAGCCAACAGAAGGACCGUGCUGCCUCACUUGCGAAGAUACAUGCGUGUAUGAGGGUAACGAGUAUGGUCACGGCGAGACCUUUAUCCCAGAGACUCCCAAAUGCAGUGUCUGCACUUGCCUGAGAGGUGCAGUGGAGUGUCAGUACAAGAGCUGUCCUGAGCUGGACUGCCCGGCUGCUUCUCAAGUACGCAUUAAGGGCCAGUGCUGCAGCACCUGUGUGGAGAUGCUUCCAGGCUGCGUGGACAAUCACCGGGAGUUCCAUCGGACUGGUGACCAGUGGCAGGACCCUAUGGAUCUCUGCCAGACUUGCAGCUGCUUUGAGAGAGGGAGAAUACAGUGCUUCCGCACUGAGUGCAACACGCAGUGCCAAAAUCCAGUAGCCAUAGCAGGACAGUGUUGCCCUGAUUGUAACGGUUGUAUUUACAAUGGGAAAGGUCGUAGAAAUGGGGGAUCGUUCACGUCGCAAAACUGUGACCAGUGUGUCUGCAUAUAUGGUGAUGUGGUGUGUGAGCCGGCUAGCUGCAACACAGAAUGUUACUACCCAAACCAACCCCCUGGAGAGUGCUGUCCUGUAUGUGAAGAUUGCUUCUUUUUGGGCCAAGUUAUCAAAGAUGGCGAGACGGUCCACCCUGCGCUAGCACCUUGCAGGACCUGCAAUUGCAAGAAAGGAAACGUUCGGUGUACACAUGCGGAGCAGUGUCCUGCAUUAGACUGCUCAGUUACAACAACAGUAGCUGGUGAAUGUUGCCCCAGAUGUGCUGAUGGAUUUUGUCGACUUUCUGGAGGCCAGACUUAUGAAAGCGGAGAGAGUUGGUUUGACCAGGACGAUCCCUGCACAGAAUGCACAUGCUUUGAUCAAGCGGUUCGCUGUUUGCCACUUCCUUGCCCAGACUCUAGCGCCUGCACUCACGGUCUGAUCCUUGAUGGCGAAUGCUGCGCCGAUUGCAACGUCUGCAUGUACCGGGAUAUCAUGUACAACAAUGAGGAAGUGUUUACGCCAGAAAACAGUCCGUGUGAUACGUGUAACUGUACGGAUGGCAAUGUGAACUGUGUGAGUCGAGAAUGUCCACGCUUAGCAUGUCAGCGCACUGUGGAGGUCCCCGGCCUGUGUUGCCCUGUGUGUGAUGUCUGCAUAGAUCCUGUUGAUAACACAGAAUACUCCCACGGCCAAAGUUGGGUUGAUGAAAACAAUCCUUGCAGAACUUGUAUGUGUGUGGACGGAGAGAUAAGAUGCAAUAAUGUGACGUGCCUAUCAGAAUGUGAGAAUCCAACUCAUGUGGAGGGACAGUGCUGUCCAAUAUGCCAAGGAUGUGAUGUUAACAAUCAGACACUGGCUGUUGGGAUACCUGUCAAACCCGAUGACAGCCAGUGCAUGGAGUGCGUGUGUGACAAUGACAACAUGCUGCAGUGCUUCCCAAUCCUCUGCCCCAAGCUCAACUGUAAACCAGAGCAAGUGGCUGUCACUGAAGGCUCCUGCUGUCCAUCAUGUCUAGCUGAGGUUCGAACCCUGCGCGUUUGUGAGAACGAUGGUAUCCAGUACAGCAACGGGACAACCUUUGACAUUGACCAGUGCACAACUUGUACAUGCAUUGAUGGUAACCUGGACUGUGAUGUAGAGGAAUGCCCUGAGCGGCCCUGCAGCCAGCAUCAGCUAGUCAGGGUGCCAGACGAGUGCUGCCCUCUCUGCCUGGACCAGGACUGCUUGUUUGACAACCGGUUCCUGAUUAACGGAGAGUGGUUCCAACCGGCUGGCGACAAGUGCACCAACUGCACCUGCAAUAAUGGUCAGGUUGAGUGUGCUUUGAAGCCCUGCCCAGCUCUGGACUGUCACCCAGAUGAGCAGCAUAAGGCAGAUGGCGACUGCUGCCCUCAGUGCACAGGCGGUGUGUGUCUGUAUAAUGGUGAGAGGUACACCAGUAACACGGCAUGGAAGAGUGGUUGUGACAUCUGCGUUUGCAUCAACGGAAACGCUGUCUGCAACCAGGAAGAGUGCCAGCCAGUCACUUGUGAUGAGGGAGAUGAAAUUGGAAUUCCACCAGGAGCAUGCUGUGAACAGUGCUUACCGAAAAUGGCCUCGUGUAUUGUCUUUGGCGAUCCCCAUUACCGGACGUUCGAUGGCCGAUUCCAUGACUUCCAGGGCACAUGCACCUACACGUUUGUUAAAGACUGUGUCGGGGAGAACUUUGAGGUCAUUGUCCAGAACAAUGGCAAGGAGACGUACUCCGUGUCCUGGACCCAACUCGUGUCGUUCAGACUCUUCAACUGGACCAUUGACCUGCUGCAGGACAUGAAGGUUAAAGUGGAUGGCACCUUCGUGGAGCUACCAUACCUCCACGAGCCAGAAUUCAGCAUCCAGAAACUUGGAUUGCUAGUGGUUGUCCAUACCAACUUGGGUAUUACUGUGUCCUUCGACGGUGAACACUUUGGUGAAGUGGUAGCCGAUCAUCUCUGGAAGGGGCAGCUGUGCGGACUGUGUGGAGACUAUGACGGCAAUCCGGACAACGAUUUCAGAAGUCGAAAUGGUACUUACACGACGACAGCCUCAGAGUUUGGGAACACAUUUAUCUGUGGCGAUUACCCAGAGUGUUCCUGUAGAGAAAGCCAAGAGCUGGAUCCAUGUGCUAAAGAUGAGAGCUACCUGGUGGAGGCAGUAGAGAGAUGUGAAAUCCUGAGGAGUGAUGUCUUCUCGCCGGCCCAUCGUUUGAUCGACCCUCAGCCUUUCUAUGAUGCCUGCCUGUACGACUGGUGCGCGUGCCCUGUGCAGGAUAAAUGUCUGUGUGAUGUACUCUCAGCAUACUCGCAUGAGGCUAGAAAGAAAGGCAUUACAUUAGACUGGCAGAGAGAAAAUUACUGUGCCAUUUCCUGUCCCACGGGGGCCUACUAUGACGAGUGCACCCCACCCUGCGAGGUCACCUGUGAGACCCUCAACUCCCCAGACCUGACAGAGUGCAGCUUACAAGACUGUGUUCCAGGCUGCAAGUGCCCUGCCGGCAUGGUACUUCACAAUUUCCAGUGUAUAGAUAUAAGUGCCUGUCCCUAGUAUCAACAGGGACAACUAUCCUUUAAUUAGCCCAUCAAGAAAUUAAACAGGUUCUCAUAGCAUUACCUCUAUAUUUUGUAGUCGUGAUUGAUUUUUCUCAAGUACAUGUUUAACCAUUCUGGAUUGUAAGUGUUGUGUUAAUUAAUUUGAAAAUUUGAAUGGCACAUCAUAAUGUACAAGUAUCAGUGACUAUCUAAAGUAUACAUUUUACUACUUUUCAGUAUCAAAGUUUAGCACUAAUAGUAAAACAUUAGGAGUAGCCAGUCUCAAUUUGGAGGUAUUCAGGCAGGAUUACCCUUUAUGUUUCUGUGAUGAUAGUAAUUGGUCAAAUAUUGUGUUUUUCACACUGAAUAGCAACUAGGAUCUGCAAGGUAAUAUUUCUUAUUAUUGGCCCAGUGGUAUAAUGUUUUCUGCACCCUGCAUAUCAGUAGGAUCUGCAAGGUGAUUUGGUGAUUUGCCUUUGGAUUUUAUGAAGAAACGUGUCUGGGACAUGGUAUUGUAUACUUUGUAUACACUGUUUCAAGUCGAAGCUGAUGAAAUAUAAGUGGGAUACUUUAGAUAUUAUUCAACGAUACCUGACUAUUUGAGGUAUACAUGUAUUUAUGGAAGGAAAUGCCGGCUGGGAUAUGUUACUCCAACAUAGUUAAUGUGAAUUACUAUAAACAAUCCUUAAAUGUCAUGGACAACCUAGAAUAUUAGUUGGCAUCUAGAUAAUAAUUGGUGCUGUGAGGUAUAUUUAAAGUACAACAGCUGUGCAUUACAGAAGUGGAGGUCCUCCUUUUGUUUUGUUUAAAUUCAAGUAUUAAUUGAAGUAGUUUUAGUGUCAAUAUCAAAAACAGGUUUUCUAAAUCUGUUGUGACUGCUGAUAUAAAAGAUGCUAAAUCGUUAUAUUAUGUUGAUACCAGAUUACCAUACUUGAUAUCUGAAGCACCUGGGACCUGGACAUAUGUACAUAUUUAUAAAAAAAAAAUAUAAAAAAAAAUUGGACACACCAAACCAUUGGGCAUGGCUUUGCACCAAAUUAGACUUGUUACCAUUAUUUUUAAUUCAUGUUUUUAAACUGUACAUGUAAGACUGUUUUUAUCAUUUAAGUACAUGUCAUGCAACUUUUGUGAAUAAACAAAAAUGAAACUGUAUCACUCUAUCCCUACACACUGCGUACAACCUUCAAAGUAACAGGAAUAUAAAAUAACUUCUUGUUUGUAACAUUUUCCCAUGCAUUUUUUUACAUAUUUUUUUUUAACAGUAGCCAUGUCAGUGUAGUGAUUUUGUACGUACAUGUAGUGUGUGUUGUGCUAUUACAUAACCCUACAAAUGGCUACAUGAGAUAUAGUGGUGUACCACUUCAGUAUUUAAAGAAAGUAGACAUAGAAAUACUCCAGGUUCUUAGAGUUUUGCUAAGCGAGUUUGUAACAGAAUUUGUCCCAUACGUGUACAACUGCCUUCCAACUUAUGGUGCUGCAUAUAAACUUUUAAAGCAAAAGACUAUAUACACGUAAAGUAUUUAAUUGUAUUGUAUCUGUGAGCAUUUAAUAUCAAAAAAGGCUAUAUUUUGUUAAGUGAAACAUUUUUUAUGGUAAUAUUUCAUAUUUUUGUCACAUGUUUAGCACUGCGAUUUGCAGAUCAUGUAGGAUAUUGCUAGUUAAAUAUGGUGCUUCCAAUAAAUUUCUAUACAUGUACAUGUCUGUAAUAAGUUUAGUUUUUUAAAAAGUGCACAUUAAAGGCGUCAUCGUGUCUUCACAAAG